CGGUUUUCGCCCACGUUCUCUCUAAACGACCCAGGCAGAUCUGCCAUUAUGUCGACUUUCUGCUACAAAGUUACAUCAAUGUGCAGCUUUUUGGAAUGUUUGAAGCGAAUAUAAACUUAAAACAACUUCAAUUUUGUUUGAAAUCAACACUUGUUCUACUUAAACAUGAACUGGAAGGGUUUAAUCAAAGAAAUAUCGCCUGUUUGGAAUUUCAAGGUAAUUUUAGUGAUAUUUCUGUGGGCUGGUAGUGUAGGCAGGGCCGAGCAUAGAGACAGAUCUCUGUGUCCGGCUAAUUUUCACGGCAACUGUAAAUGUGAUCUUGAUAGAGAGACAAACUAUUAUAUCGUUAACUGCACGGAUACUAAUUUGGAUAAUGCUAAUAUAUUGGAGUAUAUGCCCGUCGACACCGAAGUGCUUAUAUUCACAGGUAACAAUGUUCUAGAUUUACCAUUAUAUAUUUUUGGAAGAGAUGCCAAGUACGAUAAAUUGAAAAUAGUCGAUCUUUCUAAUAAUAAAAUUCAAACUAUCAAAGACAGGACGUUUCACGGUGUCGAUAACGUAGAAAAAUUGAUACUGAACGAUAAUGAUCUUUAUUUAAAUGGAAAAGACAAUCAACCUAAGAUGUUUAGACAUUUUUUGAACUUGGAAGAGCUUCAUCUUAGAAAUACAUUCACCAAAAAAUUUAUUUGGAGUGACCACUACAUGGAAAAUUUAGAGAAAAUUUUCAUGCAAAGCAGACUUAUUAAUUUACGGAUACUUAAUCUGGAAAAGAAUGAAAUCAAUUCUAUUCCAAACAGGAACUUCUUUUGUGAUCUACCUUCUCUUCGGGAGCUGAGAUUGUCGGACAAUCAUCUCACUGAAUUUAAUAUUAAUAUAAAAUGUUUACCUCAUUUGAAUAUUCUUGAUCUUAGUCAUAAUUAUAUUUCAUAUUUAAAUAAUGAAACUUUAACCGAACUCGAAUUAUAUCCACAAUUGAAGAUAAACCUGAGUGAAAAUCCAUUUCGGUGCGAUUGUAAUAUGAUCGAUUUUUUCCAAUGGAUAUCCACAACAGAAGCAAACCUUAUUUCUAAGGAUCUUUAUUACUGUAAGGAUGGUUUUCCACCGCAAAAUAUCGGUCGUCCUCUAUCAAAUCUUACAACAAAUGAUCUGCUUUGUCGCUUUUUCGCACAUGAUUUUUAUACAGAUUUGAAAGCCAUUUAUAUCAUCUUGACUUUAAUCAUCAUAGCAAUGGUGGCUCUGGUAAUUACUAUUAUAGUAUAUAAAAACAAAAGAUUUGUUUACGACGUUGCUCACAGAAUGUCAAUUAAUAUUCGCCGUAAAUUUCAAUAUGAUUCAUUGGAUAAAGUGGAAGAAACUGAAAUGGAAGUUUGAUUUAUAAAAACAUUAAUAUCAUUUAUUCAAAUAUUAUUUACUAAAGUAGUUUAGAAUAUUUAAAAAUGCAUAUUUAUUUAUAUUCUUUACUGUAAAUUUAUAAUUGCAAAAAUAUUUCUAUAGCUAAAGUAGACUACAACUAGAAUAUCUGAUGUUUCAUUAUAUAUUAAAAUAUAUAAACAAAUAAUUAAUAUAUAAUUAUUAAUUGUUUGUUAAGCUUUAUU